AUUGUUUACCUCGUCGUCUGCCGGUUAAAACAAAAACCACAAGUGUUUGACUGUAUAUUUUUUGGUUUACUUAACUAAUUAAACUAUAGUUAAUCAAUAAUUUGAAUUGAAAAUUAAUUUUCGACAAAGGUGCUUCCUACUUUACAAAGAAAAUGCCUCCUUCUGUAGGAUCAUUUGCAGUUUUGAUAGGAACCUUAGCCGUUCUAUUCAACUUCUCUUUGCAUAAGAUCGACGAGGGCUACGUUGGUGUUUAUUACAGGGGCGGUGCAUUAUUGAAAGAAACAAGCAAUCCAGGAUACCACAUGAUGUUCCCCUUCCUCACCACCCAUCGUUCAGUCCAGGUUACACUUCAAUCUGAUGAAGUAAAAAAUGUACCAUGUGGAACAUCAGGAGGGGUUAUGCUUUACUUUGACAGAAUUGAAGUUGUCAAUAUAUUGAGCCCUUUAAGUGUGUAUGAUAUUGUCAAAAAUUACACGGCCGAUUAUGACAGGACACUAGUGUACAACAAAAUUCACCACGAGCUUAACCAGUUUUGUUCCGUACAUACUCUGCAGGAGGUGUACAUUGAUCUGUUUGAUCAAAUCGACGAAAAUCUAAAAACAGCAUUGCAAGCAGAUCUGAAUGACCUUGCCCCUGGUUUGCACAUUCAUGGAGUACGUGUCACGAAACCUAAAAUUCCCGAAGCCAUUCGCAAAAACUACGAACUCGUGGAAGCGGAAAAAACGAAACUAUUAAUAGCAAGAGAAUAUCAGAAAGUGGUAGAAAAAGACGCUGAAACAGAACGAAAGAAAGCAGUCAUUGAAGCUGAGAAAGAAGCUCAAGUGGCCAAAAUUAAUUUCGAACAAAAAGUGAUGGAGAAGGAAUCGAUCAAGACGAUGUCAAUAAUUGAAGAUCAAAUAGUAACGAAUCGGCAAAAGAGCCGCGCAGAUGCAGACUACUACUCGCUGGAACACCAGGCAAGGGCCAAUAAAUUACUCCUGACACCGGAGUAUCUCGAACUAAAGCGCUAUGAAUCGAUUACGGCCAAUACUAAGCUCUUCUUCGGAGCCAACAUACCAACCCUUUUUAUGGGUGCCGAUGCUCAGCAUUCUAAUGGUGGCUUACCUGUGGUGACUGAAAAAAAGGAUUCAACCGAUAACUAACAAAAAGAAGUGCACCGUGUUGUCUUUCCAUCGGUCUAAUGAGUGAAAAAGUCAAUGUUUGUUUUGUUUUUUUUUCUUUCCCCGUUGUGUUUCAUGGUGAGGCGUACGUUUUCAGCUAGAUGUCGUGGGUUGCUGUGCGUUGGAAUCAACCAAGAAGAAACAAGUCAACAGUGCAUUUGUUGCCUCUUUUUACCAUGGGGUCCGCCCAUACGCCAUAGACAUGCCGAUCCACUUCAUGUUAUACUGGGAUUUUAAUUGUUUUUUUUGUGUGUGUGUGUGUGUUUCUUUGCAUACACUCUUAGACCGUC